AUGGAAAUGAUUCAAUUAGAAAAACCAAUGUUAUUAGAAAAUGGUAUUCAGCAUUCUAUUUUAAUAAAAAAAUAUUCUCCUCAUAAUUAUAUAAGUUUAGAUCUAUUAAAUAAUUCUUUAUUUCCAAUGAAUCGGUAUAAAUUAAUACAAACAUUUGUUACUAAUUUAAAUAAUCCUAGUAUUAAAUUUUAACGAAUUUUUUCUAAAAAUAGAACAAUCAAUAGAAAAUAAUUUACAUCAUACAACGUUUGCUGAAACAUACUAUAAAUUGUUUCAUGUUCAUCCGAUACAGUGCAAUAAGUAGUCCGGCACUCUGAUGUAUAUUUUCAAAAUUGAGUUUUACUUUGAUCUGACUUCCUGUUUUCUUUUAUUAGUACAUCGUACAUACCAGUACUUACAAAUAGGUUGUGGCUGUAGAUGCGAGUAUAAGUAUAUCAUAUGCAUCUUAUCCUCAUUCACGCCCACACCCUCAAGAUGUAAACCCCCCCCCCCCAUAAUAGAAGCCCACCCCAUAUUAGAAGCCCCCCC